AUGCCGUUGGUUCUCCAGGCUCCCCCCGAGGUCAAUCAAUUCGCCAGCAUGUUCCUCGCCCGCUUCAUCAGCAGUAGACAGUGCCAGAAGAGCAUCAUCUCGCUCAUGUCCAUCAAGCAGAAACCGGGCGAAAACUUGCGGUCUUAUAUCAACCGCUUCAAAAAAGAAGAGCUUGAGGCCAGGGACCUCGACCCCAUGAUCUCGAUGCACGCUGCCAUCAACAAACUUCGAGCUGGCUCCGCCCUCAAGUGUUCGAUCACCAAGACCCCACCGAAGACAAAGCUGGAGUUCCUCAAAAAGGCCCAAAAGUACAUUGCGGCCCAAGAGGCUUUGGCCGAGGAUCACCAAGAGAAGGAGGCCGAACACAAUGGCGGGCCCUUAGGGAAGAAGAAGAAGAAGAAUGAAGACCGCCGAGGUGAUAGUGGCAAAGAUAACAGGAAGCCGUCGGCCCCGACUACAACUUAUAGCCAAUAUACACCACUCAACUCCUCUUGGACCCAAAUCCUGAUGCAGAUAGGCGAUGAGAAGUUCGUGAAGUGGCUAGAGAAGUUGAAGAGGAACCCCAAAAAGUACUGCAAGUUUCACCGUGGCAUCGGUCACGAUGCCGAGGACUGCUAUGAGUUAAAGAAUGAAAUAGAGUCCCUCAUCCGCCGCGGGCAUUUGAAGCAAUUCGUUGGGGGCGAAGUUGGCGCUUCGUCCUCCUAG